CUUAAAGGGACAGUUAAAAACCCCAAACAGGACGAGUCCACAUAGGACCGAAGCUUGUCAGUGUGUCAGUGUGCAGACCUAAAAAGCUCCAAGACACGGCUACAGAACAGAAGUUGCUGUGUACUCCAGAUGUCUGCAUUGAAGCUGCUCGUACAUCUCGGCCUGCUGCUCGUUCUGUCGUGUCUCUGCUGUGCAGAAGAACUAAAGUGCAGCACAUCUGCUCACAAAUGUGACGAGUGCAUCCAGUCGGGACCGGCGUGUGCUUGGUGUUCCGCGCCUAACUCCAACCUCCGUUGUGAUACCUUGAAGGGUCUGCGGAGAGCAGGCUGUCUUAAGAGUUACGUGUUCAACCCUCGAGGGAGGGUGCAGGUUGUCAAAAAUGACAGCGGCACUGAACCAGCAGAUGCUCACACCCUGUCCCUCCAGCCCCGGGAGGUCUCCCUUUAUUUGAGGCCAGGUUUGAGCGAGUCCUUCCCCCUCACCAUCACCGUGCCAACAGAGCAGCCCAUAACAGAGCUGAUCAUGGACACCAGCACUCUGCCAGCAGGAGUUAACAUCACAUUCAAAAACACUGUGAAUGAAAACCCUCUGGUUGUACAGGUGACUGUCACAGCUACCCAGUGUCCCAGUGAGAGGGACGACUUGAACCAGAACAGGACUGGGCCCUGGCCUGUCCACAUUAUACCCAGAGGUUUUUUACAGAGCGUGAAGUUAGAGAUAAAUCUGGAGUGUCAGUGUGACUGUUCAAGAAACCAUGAGGAAAACAGCCCUGGCUGUGGAGGCCGCGGGGCUCUGGUGUGUGGGCAGUGCGAGUGCCUCGCGCCUUACACUGGACAACAGUGCCAAAGAGACAUCAGCUCAAUUCCUUCACAAAAUGAUGACUUCUGUCGCUCGGGCCCGAAUGCCCCCGUGUGCAGUGGUAGGGGAAAAUGCCGGGAAGGAUUCUGUGAGUGCGAGACGCGAGCGAACAAGGAAGAAAGAUACAGCGGAAUGUUCUGCGAGUGCAGCAACUUUGAUUGUACAUUCGACAACAACAGAAUGUGUGGAGGCCAUGGGAAGUGCGAGUGUGGACGCUGCGUGUGUGAUGAAGGCUGGACCGGUGAAGUUUGCGCCUGCACCAUCGAGACCGCUUCUUGUAGCUCGAAAAACCAGAAGCUGUGUAACGACAACGGGAUGUGUAUAUGUGGAAUAUGCAAGUGUGAAUCACAUUACUUCGGCCGGACCUGUGAGGACUCCUUUCUUUAAUUGGGCAGUUAUCAGCAGUAAAAAGGAGUGUCGAAGAGAUAAGGCUGGCUUUCACUGAUCGGAAGAGUGUGUGAAAUAGUCAUUUGAAAAGUAAUUAGCGUAGCUACAUAAAAAUACAAAUGGUACAAAAGCAGGUUGGAAUACAAUUAGAAAGUUCCAUCAAAUGGAAAAUACAAGCAUUGUGAAGUACAAUAUUAACAAUUCCAAACAGUAAGCAUCAAACAGGUGAAACUAUAAAAUUAUGUAGAAUGAUGAGUCAUGUAGCGUAGCUACUUCUGUAUAUGUUUAAAUUUAGGAAAGGAAAUUGGUAAAUAAAAUACCUUCUAAUCUUAAAAAACAAGGUUAUAAUAUGUUUCCUUCAUGAAGUGACUUUAAUCAGUUUUCAUUAUUUUCUUCCCCUGUGUCAUCCUCAUGGCGGCUUCAUGUCUAAUAUCAAAAAUAAAUCCACAACCAGGCAAA